AUGGCAAUGGGAGAUGGUUCUAAUGAAAAAGAUAAUAGUAGAUCAACUUUGACAAUUGUAGAAUCUGAAUGUAGCGAACAAUCAGUAUCACCUCCUAUAAAUACGUAUCCAAAUGAUCGAGAAACGAAAAAAGUAAUCAUUCCCAAUGGAGAACAUGUGGGAUUCAAUUUUCGCAAGCUUUGGGCGUUUACAGGCCCGGGAUUUCUUAUGUCAAUUGCAUAUUUAGAUCCCGGAAAUAUAGAAUCUGAUUUACAAUCUGGUUUUUUGUUAUGGCUUUUAUUAGCCGCGAGCGUUUUAGGUUUGGUAGUUCAAAGACUUUCAGCUCGUUUAGGUGUGGUCACCGGUUUUCAUUUAGCAGAAUUAUGUUAUCGUCAAUAUAAAAAAGUACCGAGGAUAUUGCUGUGGCUCAUGAUUGAAAUCGCCAUCAUAGGUUCGGAUAUGCAAGAAGUAAUCGGUACGGCGAUAGCUUUGUACCUUCUUUCUAAUAAGGCGAUUCCUCUGUACGGUGGAGUUUUAAUAACGGUUGUUGACACUUUCACGUUCUUAUUACUAGACAAAUACGGUUUAAGAAAAUUAGAAUUGCUUUUUGGAUUUUUAAUCACUGUCAUGGCAUUGAGUUUUGGAUAUGAGUAUGUUAUAGUUAAGCCGGAUCAAGGUGAAGUUCUUAAGGGUAUGUUUUUCCCCUGGUGCGAAGGAUGUGAUGAAUCUGUAUUAUUACAAGCUGUGGGCAUCAUAGGAGCUGUCAUCAUGCCACACAACUUAUACCUCCAUUCGGCCUUAGUAAAGAGCAGGCAAAUCGAUAGAAAAGAUGCGCAGAAAAUUCGAGAAGCAAAUUAUUAUUUUUUUAUUGAAGGAGCCAUUGCAUUAUUCAUAGCAUUUAUAAUAAACGUUUUUGUCGUGAGCGUUUUUGCACACGGACUCUAUGAAAAAACCAACGCGGACAUUUAUAAUAUUUGCGUAACGAAUAAUUUCGAAUUCGAUAAUAUUUUUCCAAAUGACAAGGAAGAAGUAAAAGCCGAUAUUUAUAAAGGUGGAAUUUUCCUCGGGUGUCAGUUUGGGGCUGCUGCCAUGUACAUAUGGGCCAUAGGGAUUUUAGCUGCCGGUCAAUCAAGUACCAUGACCGGAUGUUAUUCUGGUCAAUUUGCAAUGGAGGGUUUCCUUAAUCUUCAGUGGGCCAGGUGGAAAAGAGUUCUUUUUACCAGAGCCAUCGCCAUAAUUCCAACAUUCUUGGUUGCUUUCUAUUCGAAAAUAGAAGAUCUUUCGGGUAUGAAUGAUAUAUUAAACACGGUCAUGUCGUUACAACUUCCAUUUGCAGUUUUACCAACCAUAGCAUUUUCAAUGUCGUGCUUUCUCGGGUUAUUAGUGAUUGCCAUCAACAUGUACUUCGGACUGAACUUUGUUAUAAAUAAAAUGCCUCAAACGUGGUAUUUCCUGUUGCCCAUCAGUUUAUUCGCAAUUUUUUACAUUCUCAUGUGCUCAUAUUUAGUGUUUCAUGCAUUUUUAUCAAUGAGUGAUCAUGCGUUUUUUAAAAAAUACAAAGUAAGUAGUAAAACGUUUUGUGAGAGCAUGUCUAAGACUGACGUAAAUGUUUCGACUCUGUCAUUUUUCUAUAACGAUCACUGGGCUUUCGAAAAAUGGGAUCAAUUAGCUAAUUCAUCGGAAUGUAAAAGACUUUUAGUAUCGGAAUGGUCGGAUUCCGACGACAGAGUCAGUAAUUUAAAUUACGUACCUGGACAAUCCUCCUAG